UCCUCAAACAUCAUAUUCGUCAUCUUCCACACAUCCUCCUCUCCUUCCUUGCAACUCAGCACCCAACAGCUCCUCUGUUGGAUGUGCUGUUGGCUGUUGCUUGCCAAAGCUAAACUUGUGCUUCUCCUGCGGUGAAUUUCUGGAGAUGUCUACUUCUUUGAGCAAGAGCCUCCGGUUCUCUUCGUUUCCAAACGUUGAGGAAGAGGCUAAGGUUGUCGAGAAGCAGGGGAUCGUCACCAUUCUUGGGUCGGACUGCGAAAGAACCAAAGCUGCUUCUCUUCGGAGAACUCUGUCGGCAGACAUGUCGUCCAAGAAAUGGCUGGCUCAGAACGGCUUCUCUCUCAUGAAAAAGAUCGCGUCGUCGGAACGAAUCUCUGUUUCUUUAGCAGAUUCAUCGUCCUCGUCGGAAGGAGAAGAAGACGAAGAAGAAAGGAAGGAGAAAAUGGAAGGGCGAGAACAAUUCGAUAUGUGGAGCUCGAUUUUGUCUCAGAAGGCAAACGACGACGCAUCCAAUAUCCCACUUCCUCCUCCUUAUAUUCACCCUCUUGUGAAGAGAUCCACGAGCUCUUUGAGCGAAAAGAGCCUCCAAAUUUGCACGGAGAGUCUCGGGUCGGAAACCGGGUCCGACGGGUUCUCGUCGUACCCGCCAUCGGAGACGGGUGAAGCAGAGGAAGAAGAAGAAGAAGAAGAGGAGCAACAACAACUACAAGAAGAUCUGAAAGCUUUUGAUUCGGCCGAGGAAUUAAGGGUGGCAAAGUAUAACAAAUCCUCUGCUUUUUGUAAGAAAUCGCAGGCUAAAUCUUUCCCCCCACCUCUCCCUUCUCUGUCUCGAGAAGAUGGCGCUUCUCUCCGCAUGCAAUCUCGCCGCGACAAUGGCCGAUUAGUCCUCGAAGCCGUCUCCAUCCCUUCGCAGAACCGCUUCCGCGCUCAACGGCAGGACGGCCGCCUUGUCCUCACUUUCGUCGAUUCUAUUCUCCCAAAUGAAGCAGAAAAAGACGAAGAAGAAGAAGAAGACGAAGAAGAAGAAAUGGAAGAUUUUGAAGAAGAACUCGGCGAUUUCGAGGAAGUUUAUGAUGACGACGACGACGACGAUGGUGGUGAAGAAGAAGAAGAGGAGGAUGAAGAAAUUGGAAUGGUGAUAGAGCAAGCGCCCAUUAGUAGGGUGAUAAAUGUGCACAGAUUAGCUCUAAUGAUGAACAAGCCCAUUGGGAUUGCCGGCAGAAAUCCGACAUGGCCACGCAGGUUCAACGAGGUUGUCAAAUUCGAAGACGACGAUGAAGAAGAAGAGGUGACAAAAUCUCUGCCGCCGCGGCCCCGGGUGGCUCGGCUAAUGCCCUCGAACCCGGCAGCGCCGCCAACGGCAGCAGCUUCUUUCAAUGCUUAUGAGUACUACUGGCGGGCCAAGCCGGCAGCUCAACAACCCCCGCAGCCGACCGCCGCCGCCAAAAACAACCCAAACAAUCUCAUCAUCUCCAGCUCCAGGAACAUUAAUAUUCCGGCGGCAAAUGAUCAGCAACAAUCGCUUGUUCUUAUGAGAGGCGGCUGCAAGGAGCCUCGACGGUCUCUCCUCUUCUGGGAGCCCUAUUGCAUUGCCACCUCCUGAUCAUCCAUACACCCUCUAAUUUCCUCCAUUGUUACUCAAAAAUUACCAUAUUGUACCGCUUUUUUUUUUUUGGUUUAUUUUCCCACUCUCUCAGGGUUUGUGUAGUCAAAAACAAAAAUAAAACAAAAAGACGAACCAAAAAAGAAAAGUACUUUUGAUUUAAAAAACAAAAACAAAAAACCCAAGAGAAAGAGAGAGAUGACCCUAACAGUUGUAUAAAUUUCAUCAGCGUCUGCUAUUAAUUAGUAGCUAAUUAAUCAAAGCAAGAUCUUU